AUGGAUCACUUCGCCUAUCUUGGCAGCCAUCUUUCAUCAAAGACAGACAUCGAUGUGGAAAUGCAACACCGCUUGAAAUGUGCAAGAGCAGCCUUUGGACGUCUGAGCACUGCCCGUGGGCCGGCGGCGGAGCACGAGCGGAUCCUGCGGGAGAUCGAGAGCACGGACACGGCCUGCAUCGGCCCUACGCUCCGGUCGGUUUACGAUGGUGAAGAGCAUGGCCGUUUCAUGGAAAAACUGGAAGCCCGAAUCCGAAACCAUGACAGGGAGAUCGAGAAAAUGUGCAACUUCCAUUACCAGGGCUUUGUGGACUCUAUCACGGAGCUGCUGAAAGUUAGGGGUGAAGCUCAGAAGCUGAAGAAUCAAGUGACGGACACAAAUAGAAAACUGCAGAAUGAAGGGAAAGAAUUGAUAAUAGCAAUGGAAGAACUGAAACAAUGUCGACUACAACAGAGAAAUAUUUCCGCUACAGUUGAUAAACUAAUGCUGUGUCUUCCUGUUCUGGAGAUGUACAGCAAACUGAGAGAGCAGAUGAAAUCUAAAAGACAUUACCCUGCACUGAAGACACUAGAGCACCUUGAGCACACGUAUCUGCCGCAGGUGAGCCACUACCGCUUCUGCAAGAUCAUGGUGGAUAACAUUCCGAAACUGCGUGAAGAAAUCAAAGAAGUUUCCAUGUCAGACCUCAAAGACUUCCUGGAGAGUAUCCGCAAGCACUCGGACAAGAUUGGCGAGACAGCAAUGAAACAGGCUCAGCAGCAAAGAAACCUGGAUAACAUUGUGUCUCAGCAUCCCAGGAUAGGCGGUGGAAAGAAAUCCAAGAAAGAAGUCUGUGCAGGCUCAGAUUUGGAGGUAAAAAACACUAGCCCCAUGUCUGAGCAGGAUUCGGGUAUCCUGGAUGUUGAAGAUGAGGAGGAGGAUGAAGAGGUGCCUGGCGCUCAGGACUUGGUGGACUUCUCCCCCGUGCACCGAUGCUUGCACAUAUAUUCUGUACUGAUCUGCAUUACUUUGUCUUCCUUAGCCCAACAGAUCUUGAUACUGUUCAAGAAAAAAGACCAUUUUGUGCUGCCCUUUAGUUAGUUGAUCACUAUUUUGUUGUUAGGAUACAUUUUUAUAACAACUGUUCAACUUUGCUGGUCACCUAUGAUGGUGGAAAAGCCUUCCCACUACUCACAGCAGUGGGUAGAAAUGUGCCAAAUACUCCUCUCCACAAAAAAAAGUGUAGAGAUAAUAGCCUGUAACUAAUAAACCACCCAACCUGCUCACUCCU